AUGCCAAAGUGGCCUUUGUGUAUUUGCAUCUGCGUGCUGAUAGCCUCGGCAGUUGCUCUGAACGAGAUCGACAAUAAUAGCCUGAAUGAGCAUGAAGGUGAGCCGGAGACGGAGACGGAGAAGGACACGGAGUCGGACAUCAAAUUGCCCAGUGAAGUGCAGAGAGCCGUUUGUACUGUCAAUGCUGGCGAGGUCAAGGCAUCCGCCGAGGCGGUCACAACUAAGACAUUAAAGGGCGUCUGUGGCUCGGAUGAAAUGAAUUUGGCAUUUCGCAAUUUGGAGCAGAAAAUGCUUGAGGAAUUGCGUGAAAUUAAGGAGCAGCUAAUGAAGUUAACUGCAAUGUUGGCACAGCCAAGAGGAACCUCCAAGCUCCUGACGCCCGCCACGCCUGCUACGCCCUCCACGCCAUCCACGCCCUUCAUGCCUACUACGCCCUCCAUGUCAGCCCCAUUUCUAAAGCCCACAAACAUGAAAAUAAUAAAAUUCGAGCAAAUAACCUUGAAGCCCAGCCAAGAGAAGAAGCUGCCUCAGCUUAAGCAAAUGGAAAGUGCACCGGAACGAGAGGAAGAAAUUGACAGAUUCAACAAUACGAUGCUGGCAGAUCAGGACUUUCAAUUAUUUACCUACUACUGGAAGCUGGAAAACAUUACCGAACACAUUGCCGAUGCGUCCACUAGAACUGUUAAGAGUCCCAUGUUCAGCAUACGAGGCAAGACUCUGCAACUGCUGUGCACCUUCCAGCAUUUGCACCGGGAUAUGAUCAAUCUGCAAUUGGCCAUGGCCUAUCCAUCCCAUGAGCACGGCGUCAAGGGCAAAGAGAACAAUAUUAUGCUGGAUAUGGGCGGGCAGUGGAAGCAGCUGAAGUGGGCUGAUCAUGUUGCCUUUAAACACAAGAUUUCUCUAUUAGAUCAACAGCACAGCCAUCGACGGACGCAGGACCUCAACUCACAGGAGCUUACCAAACUGGAUAUGGGCUUCUCCAUACCGAAUAGCGCAAUCUUAGGCAGCAACUAUGUGAGGCAUAAUUCGCUGCUUAUACAAAUUAUUUUAUAUUUGUGAAAGGUUUAUAUUUUAAUGAAUAUUAAACAAAGCAACCAAACCCCAUUAGCCAACUA